AUGAAUCGACAGGUGGCAUUGACUCGCCAUUCACUGGUUAAUCCUGAGUAUACGCUGGAGCGUUUUGCUGCUGACAAUUUUAGGUCUCCAGCACCACGGCCGCAGGGACUGGGUGAAAGCUUCUACGAGCAGCUGGCACCGCUGAAUCUGUGGUCAUAUGGUCGCGAGCCGCUCAAGUUGCCUUUGCUAAAGGUACAUUCACGAUUUGAAAAUGUUCUCAUCGGAAGAAAACUGUUGACGAAAAAAUGUAGUGUUCGAUUUUCUAAAUUGCAAGGGAAAGCGGAACCGUCGCAAGCAGCAGUCAAAGGUUAUCUGGCGAUUUUGAAAUAUAUGGGGGACUAUCCGUGCAGGCGCAUUUUCCUAAUCACCGAGCUGACUGAUAAAGUUUUCAAAGGAGCGUUCAAAUAUCAAAUUCUGCGGGACGAGAUCUAUUGCCAGUUAAUGAAGCAGCUGACACACAACUACAAUACGAUAAGUCUGGAACGCGGCUGGGAACUUAUGUGGCUGUGCACCGGAAUAUUUGCUCCUAGUCAGUCACUUUUGAAGGAAGUACAGUUAUUUCUGCGAACUAGAACACAUCCACUGGCAUCCCACUGUUUCACCAGACUUCAUCGAAUUCAACGGUGA